AUGGCGACCUUGGCCCGGUCAUUUUCCUCCGAUAGUGCUGACCUUGCUGUCCUAGUCCCCAAUAAACCCACUCCGCUGUCGAUCUCCUAUCAGCAGCUACAUAACCAUAUCGCCGAUUUCCAGGCUAAGCUAGCUCGACUGGGUGUCACUCAUGGCGCUGCCGUCUCGCUGGCUCUGAUUAACUCCUAUGAGUUCAUAGUCGCCUUUCUUGCCGCCUCCUGGCAGCGUGCCAUCGCCGCGCCCUUGAACCCGGCUUAUAAGCAAGAGGAAUUCGAAUUCUACAUUGACGAUCUGAGCUCCACUCUGCUUUUGAUUCCGAAGGGGUCAUACAUAAAGGAUGGACCGGCCGUUCGCGCGGGCCGGAAGUACCAGGCCGCUAUCGCGGAGUGCUACUGGAACGGUUCCGAGAUCGUUCUAGAUGUCAAGGAACAUGGAAAACUGGCAGGCAAUGGAGGCGCAGAUAUUCAGGAAGCUCAACCCGAUGACAUUGCCCUCGUUCUACAUACCAGUGGGACGACUGGCAGGCCCAAAGCUGUCCCACUCACUCACAAGAACCUGACAACCACAAUGAGGAACAUCCAAGCAACAUACAACCUCACCCCAGCAGACCGAACAUACCUGGUGAUGCCAUUAUUCCACGUCCACGGUCUCCUCGCAGCAUUCCUAGCCCCUCUAUACUCCGGAGGCUCCGUCAUAGUCCCUCCCAGAUUCUCCGCUACAGACUUCUGGACCGACUUCACCACCCACAAAGCAAACUGGUACACAGCAGUACCAACCAUCCACCAAAUCCUGCUCAAAACACCCCUCCCCAACCCAGUCCCCCAAAUCCGCUUCAUCCGCUCAUGCUCCUCACCCCUCUCGCCCAAAACCUUCCAAGACCUAGAAAAGGCCUUCAACGCCCCGGUCCUCGAAGCCUACGCCAUGACCGAAGCCGCCCACCAAAUGACCAGCAACCCCCUUCCCCCAGGAAAGCGCCAACCCGGCAGCGUAGGCCUAGGUCAAGGCGUGGAAGUACGAAUCCUCGACAACAACGGCAACGAAGUGCCUCAAGGCCAAGAAGCAGAGAUCUGCGUCCGAGGCGACAACGUAACAAAGGGCUACCUGAACAACCCCUCCGCCAACGCAUCCUCUUUCACUGCGGACGGAUUCUUCCGCACAGGCGACCAAGGCAAGAAAGACGCCGAUGGCUACGUGAUCAUCACAGGCCGUAUUAAGGAACUUAUCAAUAAGGGCGGUGAGAAGAUCAGUCCAAUUGAAUUGGAUAACACGCUCUUGCAUCAUCCGAAGGUCGCGGAGGCUGUGUGCUUCGCUAUUCCGGAUGAGGGUCACUAUGGGGAGGAUAUCGGUGCUGCGGUGGUGCUUAAGAGUCGGGAUGCUGCUACUGAGGAGGAAUUGAAGGCGUGGGUGGAGUCGAAGUUGGCGAAGUUUAAGACGCCGAAGAAGGUGUGGCUGGUCCCGCAGAUCCCUAAGACGGCGACGGGUAAGAUUCAGCGACGGAAAGUGGCAGAGGCGAUGCUCAAGGUCAAGGCGAAGCUGUAG